CGGGCCUUUAAAAGGAAAACACAAGUUUCAGUAAGAAAAUUUAUCUGUCAUUUUCAUAUUUUAACUAAACAACUAUGUCAAGCUCUAGUUUAUUAUUUGUCAGUCAAAUAUUCUGGAGAAGCUCAUUCAACUAAAUUGUCUUUGAAAACCUAGGGUGUACUCAAAGAUGGACAAGAAAUUGCAGUAAAGAGACUUUCAAGAUACUCAGCACAGGGAACGGAUGAGUUCAAGAAUGAGGUUAUCUUCAUUGCUAAACUCCAACAUCGGAAUCUUGUGAAGCUUCUUGGUUGUUGUAUACAAGCAGAAGAAAAAAUGUUGGUUUAUGAGUACAUGCCUAACAAUAGCUUGGAUUGGUUCCUUUUUGAUACAGAUAGGAGGUCACUGCUUGAUUGGCCUAAGUGCUUCCAUAUUAUUAAUGGAAUUGCUCGCGGACUUCUCUAUCUACAUCAAGACUCAAGAUUGCGGAUAAUCCACAGAGAUCUUAAACCUAGCAAUGUUUUGCUAGACACUGAUAUGAACCCGAAGAUAUCUGAUUUUGGCAUGGCAAGAAGUUUCGGAGGAAAUGAGACUGGAGCCAUGACAAAAAGAGUUGUUGGGACAUAUGGCUACAUGUCUCCGGAGUAUGCAGGAGAAGGAAAAUUUUCAGUGAAAUCAGAUGUAUUUAGCUUUGGAGUUCUUGUUCUAGAGAUUUUAAGCAGGAAGAGAAAUAGAGGGUUCUUCCAUCCAGACCAUAACCAUAAUCUUCUAGGACAUGUCUGGAUCCUCUUCAAAGAAAGCAGGGUUAUGGAAGUAAUAGAUGCACAACUAAGGCAGUCAUGCAAUCAGUCUGAAGUUCAAAGAUCAGCCCAUGUAAGUCUAUUAUGUGUGCAGCAGUGUCCAGAAGAUAGGCCGAGUAUGGCAUCAGUUGUGCUCAUGUUGGGUAGUGAUGUUACACUACCCUUGCCUAAAGAGCCAGGUUUUUUCAAUGGAAGAAGCCAAUCCACUGAAGCAGACACUUCAUCUAGCAAGCACGGCGAAACUUCUGUCAAUGAAUUAAGCAUCACACAACUGGAUGCCAGAUAGGAGAUAAAGUUUAAGGUCAUUGUUAUUUCCUGUAGAGGCUACAUUUGCUUAAUUGUUCCUGUCAUAUAGCUGAAUAACUAUUGGUUGUUCAACAUGACUAGUUGACACUUAAUUUGCUGCAUAACUGUAAGUAAUCCUGAAUUCUAGCUGAUCAGUUGAAGACAUGGGGAAGUUAAGUGAUUUGAUGGCUUAAAACAAGAGGAAUCUUAUUUGCAUCAUGAAGGUAAAA